GAGGACUCUUGCUUGUGCCUCCCUGUGGAAAUACUUCACAUGUAUGGAUUAACAUCACUGGAAAUUGGGCACCUACAUCUGAUGUUCUACCUUAUAGUGCUCAUCCAGAUAUUGUCAGCUCUUCUUUUUACAAGGAGAUGUGGCAUCCAAUGCACUGCCCCUAAGCUUCAUUCCUCUCUAAUCUGUGGCUACCAGUGACAAUGCUGACCGAGUCUGCAAAACCACAAAGAUCAGAUCCCAGACCCACAAUAAGGCCUGCUGGAACAUCUCCAGCAUUAUGUCCCAGUCAGUUGUGUCACCACUGGGGGCUGACAGCUCGCUAUCAGAAGCCUCUGGGUUUCAGCUAAGGUGGGCAGCCUUGCUUAUUGUCAUGGUCAUCAUUCCCACCAUUGGGGGAAACAUCUUGGUCAUUCUUGCUGUGUCACUUGAGAGAAAACUACAGAAUGCCACCAACUACUUCCUGAUGUCACUUGCCGUGGCUGAUUUACUGGUGGGAGUCCUGGUGAUGCCGAUCGCUCUGGUCACUGUUCUCUACAAUGCAGACUGGCCACUACCAGACUUCAUCUGCCCUAUUUGGCUCUUCCUGGAUGUGCUGUUUUCAACUGCGUCCAUCAUGCACCUGUGUGCCAUCUCGCUGGAUCGCUACAUUGCCAUCAAGAAGCCAAUACAGCACAGCCAGUACAAAUCCAGAGCCAAGGCGAUGGUCAAGAUAGCACUGGUGUGGCUUAUAUCCAUUUGUAUAGCAAUCCCCAUUCCAAUCAAAGGGCUCCAAAACUACCAUCCAAAAAACAACAUCACAUUCAACAGCAACCAUACAUGCUUGCUAAAAACUGAUACAUUUUGGGGGUUCAUCAUGUUUGGCUCCAUGGCAGCAUUCUUCAUUCCUUUGGUCAUAAUGAUGAUCAUCUACCUUAUGACUGUCCACGUUUUGCGCAAAAAGGUCCAUUUACUCAGGUCAAAGGUGAUUCAGCGCUUCAGCAACUCCACCACAGUGUCUGCAGUUUUUCAAAGGGAACAUCCAUUGACCAUGCAUCAAGUUGAUCCGCUUAAUGUGCUGGACAGACAACUAUCCAAGAUGCAAGAAACACCCAAUGUGGGCACAACAAACCUUUCUCCAGGUGCUGAAAUGCCAUUUCGCAGAAUGUCCACCAUGGGAAAAAAGUCAAUGCAGACUCUAAGCAACGAGCAACGCGCCUCAAAGGUGCUAGGCAUAGUGUUCCUCUUGUUUGUCGUCAUGUGGUGCCCUUUCUUUAUUACUAAUGUCACCUCUGUGCUAUGUACCAGCUGUGAUGCCAACAUCAUCUCCCGGCUGAUGGAGAUCUUUGUGUGGGUGGGCUAUGUGUCAUCAGGGAUCAACCCACUGGUUUACACACUCUUCAACAAGACCUUCAGAGAGGCAUUCACACGCUACAUUACCUGUAACUAUAAGACCUGUGCAAGUCAUCGGCCGUCCAGCAAUCCAAAGGUCUCAGACACUAAUAAGACCCUUUCCUUCAAAUCAUCAAUGGCAGAAAACUCCAAACUGUUCAUGAAGCGAGGCAUGAAGAAUGGCAUUGGAGCAGUGAGCUACCAAAGCCAGCGGAGAGACCAACAGUCAUCCAGUGGUGUUGUGUUGGACACAGUCAACUUAGCUGAAAACUACCAGGCCAAACAGGACGAACUUGUGAGCCGUGUAUGAAACAACCCAAUUAAAAUGAAAGCUUUAGGAAAUGGGCCUGGUGAUUACAUUUUGUUCUCUUUAAAAAAACGAUAAAUGAUUCGCCGCCACCAAUUAUAAAAGCUUGAUUGAUUGGAUUGUGUCUCUUGAUACAUUUGUUGUUUGCAAAGCAUGUUCCUUGAGCAACAAUAUACAGUUUUAUGCUAUCACAAGCGAUGGACAUUGUGUACAUCCAUUUACCAGUUCACCAGAAGAAGACACAAAAAGCUUAUCACCUACUGCAAUAAGUCCAUGAAACGUCUACUUGUUAUGAAACCCUUUAAACAAGAAUGGGCUGUAAUGCUCAAAUCCGCUUGUCCCUGUUGGGGUCGAGGGGGGGCUGGAGCUUAUCCCAGCUGCACUUGGGACUUAGGGGGAGGCGAGGUACACCCUGGACAAGUGGCCACCUAGUCGCAGGGCCAACACAGAUAGACAAAUCAAACAGGAACAUUGAAUAAGACCAGUAAUAUCCUUGUUUACAUUCUGUAAAGUCUGUUUACAUGCAGUUAAUUGGCAUAUAAAGACGCACCUUGUCAGGACAAUCACAUCUACAUUUUCAAUUCAA